AUGGAGCCCCCACUCAAGAGACCACGGCUCUCCAUCUUCGCGAAUGAGCCGCCGAAUGUAGAGCUGGAUACGGCCCGCCAUUACAAUGAUCAGCAUUUGAAAGGGCGCUUUGAGGCAAUCUUCGAAAAAUACGAGCGAGACUUUGCCGGUGUGGGCGAUGAAGUCGAUCUUGCCACCGGAGACAUCGUCGUCGAUAACGGUCAUCUGGCCAGUCUCGCCGAGGACACCGACACUAGGAGUGAGGCUGACGAAUCUGAUGUUGAACCCUCGCCCGCAAGAUCGGCCGUGGCCUCGGCUCAAAAGAAGCUGAUCACAGAUGGCCGAUCAAUGCUUCGCGCAAUGACUGUGGCUCCAGACCGCGAGGAUGCUUAUUUCGACAAUGAGAACGCAGACGAUGUCAUUGAAAGCAUUGAGAUGAUCGCAGAAAAUGCUGGUCUUGCUGAGGCAGCAGAUGCCGAUAGUGAAUCUGACGAAGGUGAAGCCGACAAUGCUUCUGAAGACGAUCAUCGCAAUGACUCUGCCGCCGGUUCUGGUGAAGGACCAAGGAUCAUACAUCAAAAUGUGCCCGACACUGCAGACUCUGAUCACGACUCCUUGUUUGGGGUCCCGGAUGAGCGUGCCUCGAGCCCUGAUUCACUUUUCGAACAGCCUACCGCGGCCAGCUCUGCUACACCAGGAGAAGAAAUUCGGUCGGUGGAAGGCUUUUUUGAUGAUAUAGGAGAUCUCGAUCACGAAGCCGUGAUUGCAAGGUUCGGUCAGAAGGCGGGUCAGGAAGUCUUGGAUCUGAUCCAGAAACGCGACAAAGCAGAACUGCAUAUCGAAGCUGCGUGGCGAAUUCCUGUUCAAAUUGAACGAAGAGCAGGCUCUGUAGGUACUCCCCCUAAGCUGCCUGGCUUUCAACACCCGUCUGCUGGAAUUUUUCAAGGAGAUUCGACGCCCAAGCAAACCACAUCCUUGUGGAGUCUGGGAAGGCAGACAAAGAGUCGGUUGGAGAUUCAUCAAGAUCGCACUAUGAGAGUGAUCCGAGCUGAGUCUGAGGAUCCGCUGCAGGAGGGCUUCGGCGACUCCGGUCAUGUGGAAGUUCGUGUCGCCGAAAUGAGUCUUGACCGUGCGACGCGACUUCUCAAACGAGGCAUGUGCCCAUUUUGCAAGGAAGAAUAUUUCAAUCUAAUUGCCGUCACCGAGCAUUUAAAUGGGCAAUUGGCGAAGCUGGAACAUGGAAGUACAGACGCAGAAUCCCACAGCGCGGAUCGCAUAGAGGAGCUUCUGUCGAAUUUACCUCAAGCCAGUGGCCAUGAGGAAGAGGACGAUGAUACAUCGGAAGCCGAGCCUGACCAUGAUGAGGACGCCGAAAACACAACCCCAACUCAGCAGCGACCGGUCGUUCAAAGUGUGGAGUCUGAUGUGAAAUUGAUGGAUGAUGGGAUUGUGCCCGACGAAACGCCUGACGGGACUGGAGUGGUCUCUACUUCAACCGUUGGAACAUUGGUCAUAAGCGAUGAUGCAGAGAGCGACUCCAAUGAAAGCGUCGAUGACCUUUUCUUUGAUGCUGGCUACUCCCAGACCAAUCUUCUUGCCGGCAAAGGCGUUGAAGCCUCUGUUACUCCCAAGGAACAGGCGUCGAACGCGUUCUUCGAAACGAGACGAGCAGGCUCAGGCCUUCGUGAUGGUGUCCCGGGUGCUUCUCCCACUCCUGCCCGCUCCAAAAGAUCCUCGAAUCGGCGUCAAAAUCGAAGGUUCUUACGAGGGAAAGAAGCGGCUGCAGAAACCCGCCCUUCAGGAGGGUUAACACCAGAGUAUGAAUCUCUGGGCUAUCCCGAGUUUCGAGAGACUGCAGACCCGUUUGACCGGGAUGGCUCCCGCAGCUACCGGGGCCGAGCUACCGAACUGGAACAAUCACUGCUCUCAUUGAGACCGCGGAAAGCUAAAAGAAACGUCUCAUACACUAUUGCAGCGAAACCACCGGCCCAGAAGAAGGGCAAAAAGCCCGCAGCGGAGGCGAAGUCGAGGACAAAGGAGAAGGGAAAGCCUGCUUCCGAGCCCUCAAGAAGUAGCUACUCUAGCAAGGCCUUUGGCCGGACUGAUGCGAAUGAUGUGGACACGACUAAUACCCGAGGAGUCUUGAGCAGCGGUCCCCAGGGUGCAGCUUCAGACCCUUCUAAAAACGAGCAGGACACUAUCAACGCCGCCUUCGAGGUCGUGGAUUCCGAGCAUGACACAGCUGUGCUCCAUCAGGGGUAUAGCCAGGAUUCUGGCAGCGACAGAGAAGACUCUGCAGAGACAGAUUAUUCCCCGCCACCGGUUUACCAUUUCACAGUCUCAGAUUUCAAAUGUCUAGUGCUGCACCACGAAGCCGAAUAUUCCGACCUUGCAGCCUUCGGCGAGAUCAUGACGAACCAUUAUUACAACUACCGACUGCCUGUUGAUCCACUGUCUCGCACCGAAAUGCAGUCUGACUGGUCAGAGAACGAUGAAGCACUACUUCAUAGCCUCAGCCGCAAUCCAGAAACACUCAUGGAAACCAUCAAGCGAAGACUGCAUCAACACAACCAGUUUGACAUUGGCAAUCGCUUGGCGGAGCGCUGGCUCAUGGAAGCGUCAGCAGGCAUUGACGCGCUGCCAGAGGUUGUUCCUGAGCCUCGACUUCUGUUACCGGGUCAGUCCUCUUUUGUCAGGAGAGGCAACACGCACCAGAUUCUAGAUCUCGCCGACUCAGAUGCGGUGAUCGACAACUACGACGAUGUAUUUGUAUCCAGGGGGAGAACAGCAGCACGUGAGCCGCUCAGGUCGCGCAUUUGCCGUGAAAUGAGUCCCAGUGGCAUCUGGCGAGGCUGUGGUAGAGUCUACUCCCAGCGAUCCGCCGUGUAUCGACAUUGGAAGACCACGAACCGAGCCUGUAUGUUUUCUGGCUACAACACUCGAUUGGAGGCGAGGCAAAAGCAGAGAAUCCGUGCGACGAAAGAGGACGGCCAUCCUUGCCGUUCGACGAGUCCUGGAGGCACUGUCCGCGGCUGUGAGAGGAGGUUCCGGCAGAAAUCGACUCUCUACCGACAUUGGCGAACCAACGGCGUCAAAUGUCGUCCUGCUGGUGUCGCCGCGUCCGACCUCAAUACUAGCGACGCUGAGGAAGUUCCAGAGUCGGACCACGGGCAGGGUAAUGCCAUCACAAGUUAA